GGUCCAGAGGACUCGACCUCAGUCACGAACAUGACAGCCAAGAAGUCCGGCUCUCGGCUGGAGACCGAGAUCGAGCGCUGCCGCUCGGAGAGCCAGUGGGACAAGAUACCGGAGUUAGUGCGGCAGCUGUCGGCCAAAUUAAUAUCCAAUGAUGACCUGGGUGAGCUGCUGUUGGGGGAAUGCAAGCUACAAACAUACUUGAAAGAGAACCCCAUCAAACAGGGGGCAAGUCCGAGGGGCCCCCGACCGAAACUGGUGGAGGUUAGGAAACACCUCACUGCUGCUCUGGACAGAGGAAACCUCAAGGCGGAUUACAUCCAGGAAGCCCGUUUGUUGAUGGCUAAACUCUGUUACGUGGAGGGAGAAUAUAAAGAUGCCUGGGGUCACUAUGGCCGGGUGAACCUGGAUGACAUGCAGCUGGUGGGAGCUCCCGUGUACAGGCUGUCCAUGAUAGCAGAGGCUUAUGCCACAAAAGGUUUGUGUCUAGAAAAGGUCCCCGCCGGCUCUCCGUCUCUGUCCAAUCAGAACACGGCUUCUCCAUCGCUCAACAGGAACAGGCCAGAGCGGGACCAGGAAAUCAUUACAUGCUAUGAAAAGUCUGGAGACAUUGCUUUGCUCUACCUGCAGGAAGCCGAGAAGGCGUUAUCAGCAGGGAUUCAGAACCGCAGCCCGAAGCCUGGACCUACAGCCAUGGAUCAGGAACUGGGCUACUUCCUGGAGACGGGCUUGCAGAGAGCGCACGUCAUCCACUUCAAGAACGGCAACCUGACGCAUGGUGUCGGCAGGUUUAGAGAGAUUCUUCGGGCUGUCGAGACCAGAACCACCCAGAACCUGCGCAUGACCAUAGCCAGACAGCUGGCAGAGAUUCUGCUGAGAGGGAUGUGUGAGCAGAGUUACUGGUCCCCUCUGGAAGACCCGCCCACGGUGUCGCCGCUGGACGAUCACGCACGGCAAGGACGCACACACAGCAAGAACUACACGCUGAGUCGACGCCCACGAGUUUACUCGGGAGAGAAUCUGUUUUGCCCUCAGGAGAACACAGAGGAGGCUUUGUUGCUGCUGCUCAUUAGCGAGUCCAUGGCCAACCGCGACGCCGUGCUGAGCAGGAUUCCUGAACACAACAAUGAUCGGAUCAUCAGCUUACAGUCUGCAUCGGUGGUGUACGACCUGCUGACUAUAGCUCUGGGCAGAAGGGGGCAGUAUGAGAUGUUGUCAGAGUGUUUGGAGCGAGCCAUGAAGUUUGCAUUCGAGGAGUUUCAUCUAUGGUACCAGCUCGCCUUGUCGCUAAUGGCGGCUGGUAAAUCGGCUCGUGCCGUUAAGGUGCUAAAGGAGUGUAUUCGCCUGAAGCCUGAUGACCCCACCAUCCCGCUGCUGGCCGUCAAGUUGUGUAUCGGACCUCUGCACUGGUUGGAUGAAGGAGAGAGCUUUGGGAAGAUGGUGAUCGACAUGGGAGAGAAAGCAGCUGAAUUCAGAGCCAAAGGCUACCUGGCCAUCGGUCUGGUUUACAGCCUCAAAGCCACUGACGCAUCUUUGCGAAGCAUGCAGGAGGAGUACCAGAGGAAAGCUUUGGGAGCCUUCCAGAGAGCACAGAGUCUGUCUCCCACCGACCACCUUGCAGCCUUCUACUUGGCACUGCAGCUCGCUGUUUCCAGACAGAUCCCAGAGGCGCUAGGCUAUGUUCGGCAGGCACUGCAGCUUCAAGGAGAUGACGUCCACUCCCUCCACCUGCUGGCCCUGCUCCUCUCCGCCCAGAAACACUACCACGACGCCCUCAACAUUAUAGAGAUGGCCCUGUCUGAGUACCCCGAGAACUUCAACCUGCUGUAUACAAAGGUGAAGUUGGAGGCGAUGUGCAGAGGACCAGAGGAAGCCCUGCUCACCUGUAAACACAUGCUGCAGAUCUGGAAGAGUUUUUACAACCUCACAAACCCCAGUGAUUCAGGGCGAGGCAGCAGCCUGCUGGACAGAGCGAUGGCAGACAGGCGACAGCUCAACGCCAUGACUCUGCCCGACUUCAGUGACCCUGAGACCGCCUCAGGUUCCUCCUCCUCCCUCUCUGGCUUUGAACCAGUGUCUCCCACCUCCCCGUCCACCAUGUCUACCCUCUCUUCCCCCUUAUGCUCCCAUUCACCCUCCAUCUUCGUUUUCCAUUCUCCUCCUCCCUCUUCCACCAAAAACACGUCCUUCUUCUCUUCUCUUCCUUCCUCUCCCACUUCCCCUCCUCUUCCUUCCUCUCCCACUUCCCUUCCUCUUCCUCUCCCUCCUCCUCCUCCACCUACCAAGACCAGGAGUCACUCCUUUUGCAACCACGUCAUUCGGCGCCAGCUCUCCUCCAACAGCGGCCAUCAGGACGCUAACACUCUCGGUCUUUCCUUCAUCAUUCCUUCCUUUUCUGUUUGUUCAGUUCACGCCACAUCCAUCGCCGCCAGUCGGGUGGAGCAGGCCCUGUCGGAGGUGGCCUCCUCCCUGCAGAGCAGUGCACCAAAACAGGGGCCGAUGCACCCCUGGAUGACCCUGGCUCAGAUCUGGCUCCAUGCUGCUGAGGUUUACAUCGGCAUGUCCAAACCUGCCGAGGCCUCCGCGUGCACUCAGGAAGCUUCCAACCUCUUCCCCACAUCCCAUAACGUCUUGUACAUGAAGGGGCAGAUAGCCGAGCUGAAGGGCAACACUGACGAAGCCAAGCGCUGGUAUGAAGAGGCCUUGUCCAUCAACCCGACGCACGUCAAAACUAUGCAGAGACUGGGUCUGAUUCUGCACCAGCUGCAGCGCUACAGUCUGUCUGAGAAGGUCCUGAGGGAUGCUGUGCAGGUCAACAGCACGGCUCAUGACGUGUGGAACAGCCUGGGCGAGGUUCUGCAGGCUCAGGGGAACGCGGCGGCGGCCACCGAGUGUUUCCUCACCGCCUUGGAGCUGGAGGCCAGCAGCCCCAUCCUGCCCUUCACCAUCAUCCCCAGAGCACUAUGAGACACACACACACACACACACACACACACACACACACACACACACACACACACCGUACAUGAUGCACAUAGUAGUACUUCCUUUCGCCCCUCCCACAAUGUCUUGCUGUGGCUGUUACACGUGUGUGUGUGUGUAUGCGCGUGUGUGUGUGUUGUGGGGGUUGUUAUGCGCCUGUUUGUGUCUGUGCAUGCGCAGCCACCUCCGUGUACGUGUGCCAACGUGUUCCCUGUGCACACUCGUGUCCACUCUGACAUUCAGAAGCCUGAUAUUUGUUUACACCUUAAUCGAAACACAAACACGCACGCAGAGUCGAACAAAAGCAGAACAUUUCCAGCAAAGUAGCGCCAUCGAUGUUUCCUUUUACGAGCCAAAUGCUUGUUGCUGUGGCCAUGCAGACGUCUGUUACUGUAACGCUGCCCUGGGCAGCGGCGAACCCCACUGGAGCAUCAACACACCACCGAAGCAUCGAGUAGUCCAUAAAUGCCAAAAUGCUGGAUGCAUUUACACACACACACACACACACACACUAAAUAUUUAGCAGAGCUGUUCUUUAAGGCCUGGCUGAGUUUUUAAGGCAUUUUAAACGUAUAUAUGUUUACUCUCAAGUGUGCCUCUUUGUUUUUUGUCUAAUCAUUUAGUGAUGUUUUCUGAGUUUACAGAUUUCCACAGAUUUUUUUUUUAAACCAGCAGCUGUCAGCGAGAUGAUACAAGUAGACAUUUAAGAAACUGGCUUUUUAGUUUGACCAAAUAAGUCACAGAAGUAGUGUCCACACAAGUGUCACAAAACUCAGAAACGGACUGUAAACUUAUUGAUAACCAGAGUUUUGUAAACUUGUUGAGCUGUUGUUUUAAUCUGGAUGACUGCUCUCCAAAAUCUUUUUUCUUUUUUUUUUCUGAGUGUAAAUGUGUAAAAAACCCACAGUGGUUGUGUUGUUUCUGUGUCCUGUCAAAAACACAUUUAUAGUUCUUUUUUUAUUUGAUUUUUGAUUAUAAAUACAAAGAGUUGUUGUAUAUUUGAUGGUUCCUUGUGUAUUAUUAUUAUUAUUAUUAUUAUUUUAGAGAGUAUAUUAUAAUUCUAUUUUCCAGAGAUUGAAGCUGUAGAAGAAAUGAGAGGAUGAACUGUUUCAGUUUGCUGAUCAACAACUGAGUCUGUUUUUGCUGUAAAUGAAUGACUGAAACUAGAAUGAUCAAAUUGACCAAGAUAAUAAAAGUGGCUAAAAAGAAA